GUCGUCUCGACGGCGUCAGUACAGCCUGCAACGCCGAGCGGGCCACUCGUGCCUCAUCUCCCGCACCUCGGUACCGGAUAACCUCCAAAUUCCUUGCAUAGCACUGCAAUCCAUGCAUGUGAAUGUGCUAGGAGAAAUAGGCGACAUUUCGAGUGGUCAGCAACUCUCUAUUCGAACUGAAAGCAAUAAGAUAUUCUACGUGAAAAGGAAGAUCUGCGACGGUUCCAUUGUAGACAAUGAGAAAAGUGCGUAAAAAGAAGCCGGUCGCAAGGCGACAGUGACUCUGGUGCCCGUAGUGUUUGCAAAGUUAUUGUGCCUGAAGAAGCACGUCGCAGCAUUCUAAAACAUGGCGCUGGUGAUGCUGCCAUGCGACCUGCCGUGGUGGACCUCGGUGCAGAGACACCUGAAGCACCUGCUUCUGGCGUCGGCGCCGAACAAGCUCACGGCAAGCAUGCUCAAGAUUCAUGACAUGUGCAAUAUCGGCAUAGACCCAGACGACGACAUCAAAGACCCGGAGCUCAUGAAGGGUCUGGAGGAGUUCCUAGACGAGGAGAUGACGGACGAAGAGCGCCGCCAGUUCCUGGACAACACCAUUAGAAUAAUGGUGAACCGGGCACUGCAUCUGAAGAGGUGGCGGCCGCCUAAAGGACUCAUGUUCAGCUUACAACAGCAAAGUGAUGUAACAGAGCUGGAUUACAAUUUUGUUUCGUCCCUUAUUGCUCACGCGUUUUUCUCAACCUUCCCAAAGAGGACGCUCAAAACGCAUCCAACGCUACAAGACUUCAAUUUUACGCAUUUUUUUAAGAAUUUACAUAGAAAAUCACAAAGGAAUAAAUUAAAAAGUUUACUUCAUUAUUUCGAGUGGUUAGAUAAAAAUAACAAUGAAGGAUCAAUUAAAUUAAGUCGACAGGUAAUGACCUCAAAGCAAUGGCUGACAAUCGAAGACUGGCUGGAAUGCAGCCUGCCGCUGUGCAAACUGAUGGUGAGGCAUGAAGGACGCCCGGAGCGGUGCGAGAAUGAUGAUGCCAUCAGGAUCUGCUUCGCAUCCAGCAGGGUUGGGGGAGACGUAUUGGUUGACGGGGAAUCACAGGAAUCCUUAUCAAUGUUCAUGAUGCCGGAACUACUACCAGCGAUGUUGUCUGUAGAAUCGCUAGAGGACAACGAGAUUCUGAAGGUAGAAGGCGUCAGGAUGUUCAGCCGAAUAUGCGACAAGAGACAGAAAACCAAAGUGGAACUUCUCGAGCAGCCAAAAACUGUAACCGUGUGUCUAAUGGACGCUGAAGACUACAGUAAACUUCCUCUCGGCCAAUGGGAAGAAGACAACGUGCUAAGGGAACUAAACAAAUGCCUGCUAGCUUUCCAACAGACGCCUAUGAAAAGCCCAAAACAUGAGAGGCGGCUAUCACCAAUAGGUGAAUCCUUCAGCCACACUCCACCAGAAGUGGAAGCUACAGUCGUGAUAAAGCAGGCAUCGUCGUGCAGCACCAUCAACAGUUACAACAGUAGGAGCCCUUCUCCGCAGAACUACUGCGCCGCAACACUCAACCUUAACGACCCCAGUGUCGAGUUGUCCAAACGAAAAUGCUGGUUGUCCCCUGACGGAAACACGCUAAACAACCGACGGGGCAGGUUCAUAGUGCUGGGGUCUUCGGGCGAGUGUCUCCCGGUGACCAGGAGCACGGGGCACUCCAACCUGGACACCCAGGAGGACAGCUUGUAUUCCAGCUGCAACUCCAGUGACGACGAGUACCAUAGUGCUAAUGAUAGCUUCGAUUAUGGUGGGAGCGAAGACGAAGGCAGGGGUGAGAGCGCUCGUCCAAAUUCAUUCCAAUACUCCAAGGAGUUGUCAACGGAAGAACGGCGAUUGAGUUUCGCGGAUCGGCUGCGCGAAGCUCUCCGAAGGGAGGCUGAGAACUCCUGCACGACCAGUACCACGGGAGAUUGGUCUACAGACAGCUCGAGCUACGCUGUAGGCAUCAGCAUUUCUGGUGCUGGAGUAAACGAUAAUGAUAUUAGGGUAAAAAGGGGAGGCUCCGUUGGAUUUGUCCUGACAGAGAAAGAGACGAUGAGCAACGGGGAACCGUCGCCGAGACACCCACCUUUAGGGAGACGAGAGACAGGCAACAGUUCGAAGUACAGUUUCAGCACAGAGUACACGUCCGAAUUAGAAGAAGUUUACGAGCAGUUCAACCAGUGGCUGAACGAUCCCAUAGUGGAGUCGGGAACAGGGGAACACAAAACGCGGGAGUUAGACUCUCGGGACUUGGCUGUGAUAAGAUUUGCGGGUUCCCUUCUAAAGCGCACGCUCAGCGAAUCUAUGGCUUGCGGACCAAGCGGGGUAAAUGCUGAAGGCGCUGCCGAGGCAGCUGAAUUGUAUGGCCGAGACUCAAGAGACCGGACCGGGCCCAGGCGGCUGGCUCUAGCAGCAAGAUCUCUGUCCUUGGAACUGGCAAGGCACAGACAUCGGUUGGCAGCGCAACUGCUGGCUACACACCUACAUAGCGGACCAACUGACCAUCAUGUUAAUACACACGACGGUAAAGAUGUUAAUAAACGUAAAGUAAGAGAGUCUAUACCCGAAGAAAUUGUCGAAAGCACUCGAGUGAGACGCGCAGAUUCAGAAAGAGAGGCGGAGGAUACUGGCUCGAGUUCCUUCGGGACCUCCACUGACACCGCUUCUACCCAAAUCUCAAACCCUACCGUUAGAAGGAAAAAGUUGAAUUGGAUGAUAAACAUGAUCGUCGAAACAAUCGAAGAAAACAUACAGUGCGAACCCGUCACUAUAAAACUAAAGAAACCAAAGCUAAGCCAACUGGCCCAUAAGAUAGUGUCGGGCGGGUCGUGCCGGCCAGUGGCGACUGGCAACUGGGGUUGCGGCAACCGGCUGAAAGGCCAUCCGCAGUUGAAGAUGCUACUACAGUGGCUGGCAGCGAGCGUAGCUGGCGUACCAGCGCUUUUGUACUACACUUUUGGCAACGAAAAGCUUUUCAAGCUGGACACGCUAGUUCGCGUAAUAGUUGAUAGAAAAUGGACAGUGGGCCAGUUGGCGAAGGCAGUGCUGAAAUUCGCGCGGCAAACGCUCCACGAGCCUCACGUCAUCCCUGACAACCACUCUUUGUUCGACGAGCUCAUCGGAAUCGAGAAGUUUCCAGACGACACAUAGCGCAGACGUCGACCUUAUGCCUCGCGAUAUAAGGUCUCAUAAUCAAUAACUGAGCUUCUCACUUUUUACCGGCAGCUAACAUAAAGCGACGUUACAGCUGGGUUGCACCAUCUUACUUUACCUUUAACAAACGUCAAAAAUCUGUCAAACUCCAUACAAAAAACACCGGUUGCCGUCAAAGUUAGGUGGUGCAACUCAUCCUAAGUGCGUUAAACGGGCUGAUACCUGUACAGUUGCACAACAGCGGUAUACACAAGUAUAAGUAAUAACUACGUAGAACUUUGACCCAAUAUUGGCCGUUGAUUAAAGCAUCUUGGUUGUCUAAACCUGGAGACAAGUAUGUUUGAAUUAUAAAUCUUAUUAGCAAACGAAACUGUAUAAGACGUUCCAUUUUGUGCGUUAUAGGAUUUUUUUACAAAUGCUUAAAAAUCCUAUAACUUGUCCAAAAUUUGAUGCUUUAAUCAAAGAACAUAAAUUAUUAUUUUACUAUAGGAGCAACAAUAAAUAUUUUUCACCUUGUCAUACAAAUCGACGCUCUUCUUGGACAAUAAUGUAUGGCACUGUAAUCACGAUUAACUCUUCGCUAAAGAUUAUUUAUAAUCCCAUAGUAAAAAGUUGUUCAUGUUCUCGACUUUAUCAAAACCCGCGGGAGUAUUCUAACGUUACAAUAAUUUUGAUAUUAUCUAUCCCUCUCACACAUGGCACAAUUAAUGCCGUCAUGAGGGACAGAGACACUCGAAGUUGUAAGACUUCAACUAAAUCUAAAACAAGUUUAAUAUCUACGGAGUUAUUACUGCUUCAAUGUUGCAUUUAAAAUCAAAUUAUACAUAAUAUAAUUACGUCAAGUACGUUUAUCUCGUUUAAUUAGGUAUGUGAUUUAGACAAUCGUGUCUUAUUUUUACACAAUUUUAGAUACUGUUUAUAACAUAACAACAAUAAGCAAUAUUAGCAUUGGGAGUUCAAUUUAAAUUAGUAACUUUUAAAAUAUUUUUAUACAAAACUAUCAAUUAAAGUACAAGUGUAAUAUAUUGUAAAAUUUAUCAAAUCUUUGUUAAUUAUAUAAAUAUAAUGGAAACAAUAUAAUACGUGAUUUAUAAAUAACUUUACAUAAAGUAGAUCAGUGCUAAUUAAGACUGUUUCCACUGCAGCAACGCUAUAACGUGCUGUAAGCGAUUAUUGAACACAUUGUGGCAGCUUUCUAAAAUCUAUUGUAUAACUAUCAUGAUAUUGGCAAUGGCAUAAUUUGUAAAUAUUGUAUUGUUAUUUAUUAACCCUCUUAUUCAUAAAAAAAUUAAAACACUGCUUUAUCAAACAACGGCUAUGCUCCGUUAUAGCAACUGAAAAGUGUACGCAAUGCUCGCGCCGGGUGACUUUUGUCACCGUGACAGUAUGUCUCUCUUUUUCUCUUUAUAAUAGUGUAAACGAGAGAGAUAUACUGUCUAGGUGACAAAAAGGUGCAAAAAGUCACCCGCGCAUAGGCUAAUGGAACACACCUAAAAGCUUCGUCACUUUCUGUCAAAUGAUGAUUACAAUAAAAUGAAAAGAGACAAAACAAUGUUUUCAUUAAACUGAGUUGGGACUAAACUUUUAUGAAUAUGGGGGUUAAGCUUUCAUUUUUAGAAUAAAUUUGAAUUUAGCUAGGAUCAUUAUGAAAUUGUAUUAUUGGUCAGUCGAGCACUUUUUGAUUGGGUUUUCAUUAUUGUUGCGCGUACCGUAAGACAACUGACUUCGUUUCACAAGGUCUUCCACAGCAUGAAUCUCAAUGUGUCCAAAGUUUGUUAAUUUUGUGUAAUUACAAAAUACUCAAUCUGGAUGAUGCGGAAUAAACUUAUUGCGUCAC